AUUAAUCCUGGGUGGUAGGGAAGCAAACAAGAAAUCUCUGCGCACACUGAAACCUUGUACUUCAUUGUGUGACUGGUUAUAUAGUCUGAUACAUCCUAUCAGAGAGUGCUAACGGUCGACCAAUCACAGGUCUGCAUUGUGGUUCUCUCUGUUGGCUGGCUAUACGGAAAGCCACCAGCAGAUAUAAUAAAGCUUCAAGCCGGCAGCGUGCACCAAAGCAUCGCAGUCACUGGGAACUCUAUAUGUGGGCAUUACUUGUCAGUAUCCUCAUGAUUUUCCAGAGAUGAGAUCUCAUCUUUAAACUGCGGCAUAUGUUUCUUUGCAGUUGUGUGGGUGGAAACCAUUUGAUACGAGAGUGGGGCUGAGAUAGCAGGUGAGCCUUCAUCACGCGACUUUAGACGUUGAUAACUACUCGCAGUUUGGGCACAGAGCGGGGGGAAUCGCUGCGAUAUCUACGGGGCAGGGAGGCUGCCGGCACCGCAUCACAACCAUGACGGCUUUACGCUACCACCGGGGUUUACUGGUUACACUUUUCCUGACAGUCACAUGGGCGUCCGGGCUUGCAGACCUGACAGACAUAGUGGAGAAUGCUGAAGUAGCUAAAGAAGUUUCCAACGAGUUAGAGGAUGUCAAAGCUGUCGACUGGGAAGAAGAGGGGGACAAAAGACAGUACCCAGCGGGCGCCCCGAUCGGUCUAGACGGCAAACGACAAUGGUAUACCGGCAAACGCCAAUGGUACACCGGAAAACGGGACGCAGGCGAUCUGCAGGACGCCGCAGCGUUAUUAGCAGACAGCGGGGACGAUGUUAAACGACAAUUUUACACUGGUAAGCGCCAGUGGUACACCGGCAAACGCAGCGGGGAAAAGGAACCAGCGGAGGAAGACGCCAAGAGACAGUGGUACACCGGCAAAAGGCAAUGGUACACGGGAAAGCGGGACGAUAUGGAAGACGAGAAGCGUCAGUGGUAUACCGGGAAACGCCAGUGGUACACCGGGAAAAGAUCUGACGAAUAUGAAAACAACGUUGCUGACGAAGCCAAGCGGCAGUGGUACACGGGAAAGCGCCAGUGGUACACUGGCAAACGACAAGACAACGAAGACCAGAAACGCCAGUGGUAUACCGGCAAAAGGCAAUGGUAUACCGGUCGACGCUAGUGACACUCAUUGUACACUAUGAAUUCUCACGGAGACUGCAGAAUUAAUGAAUAACAAAUACACAGGAUUUAACAGUUUGUCAUGGUGUUCAAAACAGUUUAAAGACAUCCAACAUGAGAAUGCUACUGUUUUUACAUUAUAAAAAUGUGCUUUGGUUUCGUUGUCAUUGUUGACGGUAGAAAUUGGUAAAAUGGUGACAAACAAGAAUUCUUGCCAAGAAGAAGAUAUGAAUAAGAUGUGUAUUACACACAUCGUAAUUUUAACACCAGAUUUUAACAAUCGAUGUUGGGAGACAGGGGUUAUAGUUUUGACUUUUGUCGGUGGUAAUUAAUAACUUUGAAACAAGUUAGAAACUGAAUGUAAUAUAGACCUUUUAGUUCUGUUAACAUAUGUAACGUUACGCAGUUAUUACUAAACUGCAUGAAACGCUUGAAAUACAAAAUCUAUCUCUUUUCGUAAACAAAAGCUAUUUUUUUUCAAUAGCGCAUAGCACUUUCAAAGUUUAGAGUCAUUACAAUUACCUACUGAAAUGUUGCACAUUGUUUUGUGUAAAAUCAUUGAUGUUUUACAGAAUACAAAGGUACAUCGCUCAAAUGGUAAAUUGCAAGUGAAAAGAUAACUGAACAGAGGGGGAUAUAGUUUUGAAAAGCUUUAAUAACAGCCAAACUUUACUUGCAUCGUGAAACGUAUAACAUGAACCGAUGAAAGGAACUGAUCGUAGUGGCUACAGGACAGGUUGGUCGAAUUAAUGGCUUACGAGUACUUUUUUGGAAUGGAGUAAUGAAAUAAGUCUAUUUAAUUCUGUAUUCCAACAGCGCAUGCGCAAAUCCAUUCUGAGGUCAUUCGGACGUGCGUGCGAGAUUUGCACUAAUAAGCGCAGCCGUCGUACUCGCGCUUUGUUCCCGAAUGACCUUGCUUCUGAAAUACUGAAUUGGCUCAUUGUUUUGCAUUAAAAACGAUAUCGCUGAGUCUUUGUAUCAUGCACGUGCACGAAAUGGAGGCCUCCAACCGAUAGAAUAGAACUUCUUGCUGAGUGGGUAAAUAAUUGUGUUAACGGAAGGAAAACCACAAAUUUGUGUACAAGACGUGACAUUUAGAUUUACAAUCUUUUUGCGAAACUGAAUGUUUCUGUUUUCAUAAUAAUUAUGUGCAUGCUUGGCAGUUGUUUUGAAUUAGUUGUCAGAAAUGAAGACAUCGGGUCCGCGUGGGCCCUUUCGAAAGGCCUUGAUGGUCAGUCCACUCUGGACGUAGAGGAGAACGAAGAAUUGCUUUGGAUGUCUGUUUUUGGCGUGGUAUAACUUUCCUUACUCUACCGUCAUUGUCACAAGAAUUUGCUCGGCAGAGAGGUAAAACUACGAAGGAAAUCAUUCCAGUGACAAAAAAAUGUAAAUAAUAAUAAUAUAGGUACCAACUGAAAGUCAUCGGAGAAUAAUAACUAUUAAUAAGAAUCUAAUUUGACCAAUUACUAAUUGGACCUGCGUUUUCGCAGGAGCCAAUGCCAAGUAAAGGUUCAUAAUUAUUAUGGAUAGCCACGUAUUAAUUUUUUGCCAUGUUUUCAGUUAAUGAAACCCCAAAUGUAUAAUCCAUAUUUUCUCUAUUAGAUUUGGAUGCCGCCCAAUGAAAUUGUAUUUUAGUACAAACUGUUUUGACGAUGCGAUGCUGCUUGGUGUGCUUGUAAAAAGAAACAAAAAAGUUAAUCUUGAUCCAGCAAAAACUGUGUAAGUUCAUAUUUUAUGAUGAUUAAAAUUAACAACCAUGGCGGAAAUUUGCUGUUGUAAAGCAAGAAACCACAUAAUUUUGAUGUUAGUACAACGGCUUUAAAUCUGGCCCUAAGAUCCAUUGUCUGAAUGGUUUUUGAUUGCAACUUGAUCCCAAAUCCACUCUGGGAGAUAAGCUUUCUCGUAUUUCUAAAUUUUGUUUAGCCAUUUGUUGUUUUUUUAUGUAAACAGAAUUGUUGAAAUGCUAUAUUUGAAAGUUUUUUCUCUAAAAUGUUUGAAAAAUGCUAAGAUAGUUUUUGUCGACACUAAAUAUAUCGACAAAUUACAAUUUUAUGACAGCAUUGAUUUAUUCAGCACAACGAAAAAUAUUUUGAGCGGAAAGCGUGGAAAUCAAGAUUUUAUUAUCUCACUUUUGAGAUCGAUUUUAAAGAAAAGGAGAUCGACAAAAACAUGUUUCAGAAUGGCAAAAUUAACUACUCCUUAUAAACCACUUUUUCAGUGACAUCCAUUUACUGUGGUAUUUUUGAUUCCUUUCCACUCCACCUUUUCAAUGUUUACCCCCUCAAAAUCAACAGUCAUCGUCCAUUUGCGGAGCGUACCGGCAUCCUUAGUUUCAUCACUUUCAUUGGAGUUUCUCUCUGCCCAUCUGGUUUCUCUUCUUGUCCUAGCUUGUCUGUCCCUUGGUUUCUCCAUCUCUGCUCCUAUCUAAAGAGUUAAGUUUCGUUGUUUUCAAGCAUGUGUCUUCACUUUUUUAAUAUCAUUUUUUCCCACUUACUUUUUAUUAAUUGGCUUUUUUGUGUGCUUCGGUUGACGUGCACGAGGUUGUCUGUCCUUUCUGAUCCUUUCUUUCUCCCUCUUUAUACAAACCAUUUCAAACUUUUCCUCUUUCUCAGCAUGUUCCUCUUCACACCACCAUUUCUGUGUUUUCUGGAGGAAGGAUUUUUUAAAGCCAUGAGAGAUGAGCAAAGGGCAGUGUCUUUUUUUCUUUUUCUGAAAGCAACGCUACCUUUAUCCUUUGACUCACGUUUUCUACUCUCCUCUUUGCCAGUGUUAGCAUGUCUCUACUGGUCUACUUUUCCCUAAGCUUGCUGAUUUAAAGCAACUCUUGUUUAAUAUAUCGCGAAAUAUAUAUUAUCUUGGCCUCCGUUUUGUUUCGUAAUUAUUCACCAGUUUUUGUUAAUAUACCUGUUCUCUUUGUGUUGGUUUAAUUAAAUACCAGUAUGAAUGUCAUUCAAACCCUUUCUUAACUUACUUACUUUUCGAAAUCAGUUUAUGAUUAAAUUUUCCUGUUUGAAUAACUGCAGACAGCAUUCAGACCUGCAUUAAAAUGUCGACCUGAAUGUUAAAAGAGAAUUAUUUAGAACCAGACCCAAACGUAUGCCCGCCGAUAAGGUGAUCUAUGUAUAGUCUAUCGUGAAAUUUACCUCUUCUGGUGGACCUUAAUCCAGCGAAGGCGACGUGCAUUUUAAAAGACAUCUCAAAGUAAGACUUUCACUGGAGGAGUUAUUUUUAAUGUUGAAUGAGUAAUUGUUAAUUUUAAAGGAUAUGCUCAAAAUAAAGCGGAUGUAAUUAUAGCUCGUGAAUAAAGUUAUGAAUGCUGUUUGCAAGUUUGUCUGGCAACAGCUUGUUC